UUGCUAUUCUCACUCCACACCACUCGGUGGCGGUAAUACACCUUAGCAACUUGCCAGAAACAAGAGGAAGAUCGCAUCCGCUUCUGUUGCUGUAAUAAUGUAAUACUAUAGCUAUGCUACAUAUUGAAAAUUUGUUCCCACAUUUUUCAGAGGGUGACAAGCUUCUGCUUCUGUUCCACUGUGUGCCUAAUAAGGUUAAACAUUGAAGAAAAUGGAUGUCAGCAUUGCUGUGUCACUGAUUCGAGGCCAGAUGGGAAAUGUAGUUGAGAGAGCGGUCAAUGGAGCAGUGGAGACGGUGCUGGCUGAGAUGCUCAAAGUGGUUGGAGUGAAAUUUGAGGAGCUGAAGGCUCAAGUGGUGCAAAUGAAGAGGGACAUGAUGGUGCUGCAGAGGGAGAAGGCUCAAAAAGAGAAGGAGAAUGACAACAUUCGAGCCAAGCUGCGGUACACGGAGCUGAAGCUGAAGUACUACAGGCAGGGAGUGGAGGAGGAGCUGCAGCAGAGAGCCUCUGCUUCUACCCUGGUCUGGAUCCACCCACCCACCCUACCACAAACACAGAGAAGUGAGGAAGGUGUUUCCCCGACCGAGACCCUGUCACCAUUCUCAGUUCAGAGCAGGCCUGCUGAGGAAGCGUUGAUGACGACCAGCAACAUCCCAGAAUACACCUCUUCACAGAGCACAAACAGGCGACCAGUUAGAGUGUCCUGCCCUUCAAAUGUGGCCCAGGCCGACUCAUCUGACCUGCUGCUUCCUGCCUCGCUCACUGGGAACACGGCUCCAGAGUCUCUGCACAGCAGUACAAGAUUGUUCUGUCCUGGCUCAGAGCCAGCUCAGAGUAAGGAAGUCGAAGAGGAGGAAGAGUGUGAAUGGGCCAUCACGCUGCAGUCUAAUACAGAAGCCAUGGACGGUGCCAUGGCCCCUCCUCCUGCCCAGGCUCUGACUUUGGAUGGUGGGCAGCAGUCAGGGGCUCCCUCUCUCUCCCCAGAUGACUCUGCCUAUGCGGAUAGCUCCACGCUGUCCUCCUUUGCUCCAGAGCAGGUGAAGCAGGAAGUGCAGCCGCAGGUAGAAGAGAAGGAAGUGAUCUAUAUAAAAGAGGAGCCAGAGGAAGAACAGGAGGUGAUGGCCACCCUGCUGCUUGACUGCCAUGUACAGCAGGUCCAUCAACCAGAAUCGGAGGGUCAAAGGUCAGUGACUGAGUGCCCAAGUUCUCCAACAAGCCAGAUAAACACAGCAGCCUUCAGCUCAGCUGGACCAAGCACUUUGGUUUUGCCACCCAGUGUCCCACCUCGGCAGGCAGUACGGCCCUGGACUAAAGACCUUAGCCUUUAUGAAGAAUACAAGAUGCGGAGGAGCGAGCUCCGUCGACAAAACAUCGUAAGACGCAGAGAGCUGGAAAAAUCGUUGCCUCAGCCGCUGCUGGCAGAUCUGGUGCGAGAGCGUCGAGAGAAGACCAGACUGAGGGUGGCCAGGUGGAGGGCGAAACGGAAACUGCAGGCCUGCCUUAACCAGGCUCAGGAUCACGGAGGCGCUGUGGGUCUUUCUCAAACUGGCUUUCCCAUCAGUAGUCAGCAUCAGCAGCUCAGAGCACCUUGUGCUUCCACCUCCAGCAGUCAGCAGAGACAGAGCUCAGCAGCAUCUCAGUCCAGCAGCUUCCUCAGCAACAUGUCAGCAGCAAAUAGCAUCUCUGCCAUUCUCCCUUUGAUAUCUUCCUCCUCUUCGCUCCUGAGAGGUCUCAGCAGGGCUUCACACGAGCAUGCUGUGACAACACCAUCCUCCCACCCCCACAGCAACAUAUCUCAGCAGAGCGUCUCUCUGAUGGACACAGAUAUCUUACACUGAGCUCACUGAGCUUCACACAGGAGCCUGAAUUCAGAUUGAUCAUUACUCAGCAUAUGUUUUAGAUCAGCGUUACAGUCACCUGAUUCCUACCAGUGUGUAUAAAUAUUACAGUGCCUGAUGUGGAUCCUUGAUGUUAUAGUCUGGUUCAGGCAGUAUCAGAAAACAGGCAUCGCAGUCUCGUACAUGAACUAGAAUGCAUCACACGAUCAAACAACAGCUUCUCGUCCACAAAGAGUUCUGAUGUUAUUUAAUCACAUGUUGAUAUUUACAUGUAAAAACAUUCACUGUUUUCUUUACAUGCUCAGUGUUGAUGCAGUUUGAUUUAUCAAAAUGGAUCAGUUUGGAUCGGUUUGGCAUGGUUGGAGCUGGUUGGAUCAUCCCAGGUGACACACUGUGCUGCACUGACUGCUUGUUUUACUGUCCAGAAACUGAUGAUGCUGUGGGCAUUAAAAGGGUCAGCUGUGGACUUAAAUCCCAGUUCUGGAAAAGCUGGGAAGCUUUUUACAAUGUAAAUAAAAAUAGAAUACAAUAAUUUGCAAAUUUCAUAUCCAAUAUUUUAUUAACAAGACAACAUAGAAAACAUAAAAUGUUUAAACUGAGAAAAUGUGUAGUUUCCUGGAAAAUAUUUGCUCAUUUUGACUUUGAUGGCAGCAACAUGUCUCAGACAUUGGGAGAGGAACACACAAGGCUGGAAUCAUACCAAAAACAACUGGACUGCUUAUAUAAAUAUUGUGGAACACUUUCAGAAUGAUGUUCCUCAAUGUAAAGUUGUUACAUUUUUGAAUGUUCCAUCAUCUACAGUGUGUAAUAUCAAAAGAGUCAGAGACACUAAAGAAAUCUCUGUGUGAGGGACAAGGAGGAUUAUCAAUGCUCAGUGUGGCCUUUAAGUCUUAAAGCCUGAAAAAUCUCUGCCUGUUGUUCAAAACCAAACAUUAAAUCUGAUGUUUCAAUUUCAA